GCGGGGCACUUUGCGAUAGGAUGAGGCUCCUGGCUGGCGCGCGGUAGUACUAUGAUUUGGUAUGUGGCCACUUUGAUAGCAAGUGUGAUCAGCGCCCGAGGUCUUGCGGCUCAAGGUGCCCACGGCCUGCGAGAGGAGCCCGAGUUCGUGACCGCGAGGGCUGGCGAGUCCGUGGUCCUGCGAUGCGACGUGGUCCACCCGGUGACGGGGCAGCCCCCGCCCUAUGUCGUGGAGUGGUUCAAGUUCGGGGUGCCCAUCCCCAUCUUCAUCAAGUUCGGCUACUACCCGCCUCACGUGGACCCUGAAUAUGCAGGCCGUGCGAGCCUCCACGACAAGGCGUCCCUGCGGCUGGAGCAGGUGCGUGCCGAGGACCAGGGCUGGUACGAGUGCAAGGUGCUCCUGCUUGACCAGCAGUACGACACCUUCCACAACGGCAGCUGGGUGCAUCUCACCAUCCACGCUCCUCCCACCUUUACAGAAACACCCCCCCAGUACAUUGAGGCCAAGGAGGGCGGUAGCGUCACCAUGACCUGCACGGCUUUUGGGAAUCCCAAGCCCAUUGUCACCUGGCUGAAGGAGGGGACACUCCUAGGUGCUAGCAACAAGUACCAGGUGAGUGAGGGCAGCCUGACGGUGACGUCAGUCAGUCGGGAGGACAGAGGCGCCUACACCUGCCGCGCUUACAGCAUCCAGGGGGAGGCGGUGCACACCACCCACCUGCUCGUCCAAGGGCCUCCCUUCAUCGUCUCCCCUCCUGAGAACAUCACUGUCAACAUCUCCCAGGACGCGCUGCUCACCUGCCGGGCAGAGGCCUACCCCGGCAACCUCACCUACACCUGGUACUGGCAGGACGAGAACGUCUACUUCCAGAACGACCUGAAGCUGCGGGUGCGGAUCCUUAUCGACGGGACCCUGAUCAUCUUCCGGGUAAAGCCGGAGGACGCGGGGAAGUACACCUGCGUGCCCAGCAACAGCCUGGGGCGCUCGCCCUCGGCCUCGGCGUACCUCACCGUUCAGUACCCAGCCCGAGUCCUCAACAUGCCCCCUGUGAUCUACGUGCCCGUGGGGAUUCAUGGCUACAUCCGCUGCCCUGUGGAUGCAGAGCCGCCGGCCACCGUGGUCAAGUGGAACAAGGACGGCCGCCCUCUGCAGGUUGAGAAGAACCUGGGCUGGACUCUGAUGGAGGACGGCUCCAUCCGGAUCGAGGAGGCCACAGAGGAGGCUCUUGGCACUUACACCUGUGUGCCUUACAACACCCUGGGGACCAUGGGCCAGUCUGCCCCCGCGAGGCUUGUCCUGAAGGACCCCCCGUACUUCACGGUGCUACCGGGCUGGGAGUACAGGCAGGAGGCCGGCCGGGAGCUGCUCAUCCCCUGUGCCGCGGCUGGGGACCCCUUCCCCGUCAUCACCUGGAGAAAGGUAGGGAAGCCCAGCAGAAGCAAGCACAACGCCCUGCCCAGCGGGAGCCUGCAGUUCCGCGCCCUGAGCAAGGAGGACCACGGGGAGUGGGAGUGCGUCGCCACCAACGUGGUCACCAGCAUCACUGCCAGCACCCACCUGACCGUCAUCGGCACCAGCCCCCAUGCCCCGGGCAGUGUCCGGGUCCAGGUCUCCAUGACAACUGCCAAUGUGUCCUGGGAGCCAGGCUACGACGGAGGAUUUGAGCAGACAUUCUCUGUUUGGAUGAAGCGGGCACAGUUUGGGCCCCAUGACUGGCUGUCCCUGCCCGUGCCUCCAGGACCCAGCUGGCUGCUGGUGGAAGCCCUGGAGCCUGAGACAGCGUACCAGUUCAGUGUCCUGGCCCAGAACAAACUGGGCACCAGCGCCUUCAGUGAGGUGGUCACUGUGAACACUUUAGCAUUCCCUGUCACAACUCCAGAACCCCUGGUGCUGGUUACCCCACCGAGGUGCCUCACAGCCAACCGGACCCAGCAGGGCGUGCUCCUGUCCUGGCUCCCACCUGCCAACCAUAGCUUCCCCAUCGACCGCUACGUCCUGGAGUUCCGCGUCGGAGAGCGCUGGGAGACGCUGGACGACGGCAUUCCUGGCACCGACGGGGACUUCUUUGCCAGGGACCUGUCACAGGAUACGUGGUACGAGUUCCGGGUCCUGGCCGUCAUGCAGGAUCUGAUCAGCGAGCCCAGCAACAUUGCCGGCGUCUCCAGCACAGACAUCUUCCCGCAGCCGGACCUGACUGACGAGGGGCUGGCUCGACCAGUACUGGCUGGCAUUGUGGCCACCAUCUGCUUCCUGGCCGCAGCCAUCCUGUUCAGCACCCUGGCCGCCUGCUUUGUCAAUAAGCAGCGCAAGCGGAAGCUCAAGCGCAAGAAAGACCCUCCACUCUCCAUCACACACUGCAGGAAGAGCCUGGAGUCUCCCCUGUCCUCUGGCAAGGUCAGCCCUGAGAGCAUCCGCACUCUCCGUGCCCCAUCCGAGUCCUCCGAUGACCAGGGCCAGCCGGCGGCCAAGAGGAUGCUGAGCCCCUCGCGCGAGAAGGAGCUGUCCUUGUACAAGAAAACCAAGAGGGCCAUCAGCAGCAAGAAGUACAGUGUGGCCAAGGCGGAGGCCGAGGCAGAGGCCACCACGCCCAUCGAGCUCAUCAGCAGGGGCCCGGACGGCCGCUUCGUGAUGGACCCCUCUGAGGUGGAGCCCUCCGCCAAGGCGCGACGCAUCGAGGGCUUCCCCUUCGCUGAGGAGACCGACAUGUACCCCGAGUUCCGCCAGUCAGAUGAGGAGAACGAGGACCCGCUGGUGCCCGCGUCUGUGACCGCCCUCAAGUCCCAGCUGACCCCUCUGUCGUCCAGCCAGGAGUCCUACCUGCCACCACCAGCAUACAGCCCUCGGUUCCAGCCCCGUGGCCUGGAGGGCCCUGGCGGCCUGGAGAGCCGGCUGCAGGCCACCGGUCAAGCCCGACCGCCAGCCCCCCGGCCCUUCCAGCACGGCCAGUAUUAUGGGUACCUCAGCAGCAGCAGCCCGGGGGAGGUGGAGCCGCCUCCCUUCUACAUGCCGGAGGUGGGCAGCCCCCUGAGCUCCGUCAUGUCCUCGCCGCCCCUGCACGCCGAGGGGCCUUUCGGCCACCCCACCAUCCCCGAGGAGAAUGGAGAGAACGCUUCCAACAGCACACUGCCCUUGACUCAGACGCCCACGGGUGGGCGCUCCCCGGAGCCCUGGGGCCGGCCGGAGUUCCCCUUCGGGGGUCUGGAGACCCCGGCCAUGAUGUUCCCCCACCAGCUGCACCCUUGUGAAGUGGCCGAGAGCCUGCAGCCUGCGGCCGGCCUCCCACGAGGACUGCCGCCCGCCUCCCUGCAGGUGCCCGCGGCCUACCCAGGCAUCCUGUCUUUGGAGGCGCCCAAGGGCUGGGCUGGCAAAUCGCCGGGCAGAGGCCCCGCCCCAGUGCCCCCCACCGCCAAGUGGCAGGACAGGCCUGUGCAGCCUCUCGUGAGCCAAGGGCAGCUGAGACACACCAGCCAAGGCAUGGGCAUACCCGUGCUGCCUUACCCCGAGCCGGCCGAGCCGGGGGCGCACGGCGGCCCCAGCGCGCUGGGCCUGGACACCCGGUGGUACGAGCCCCAGCCCCGGCCCCGGCCCAGCCCCCGGCAGGCCAGGCGCACUGAGCCCAGUUUACAUCAAGUGGUGCUACAGCCCUCCCGGCUCUCGCCUCUGACCCAAAGCCCCAUUGGCUCCCGCACCGGCUCCCCUGAGCUGGCCGCGCGGGCCCGGCCCCGCCCCGGCCUUCUGCAGCAGGCCGAGAUGUCAGAGAUCACGCUGCAGCCGCCGGCCGCCGUCAGCUUCUCACGAAAGUCCACGCCAUCCACGGGCUCCCCAUCCCAGAGCAGCCGCAGCGGCAGCCCCAGCUUCCGGCCCACCGUGGGCUUCACCACUCUGGCCACAGCCUACCCCUCCCCUCCGCCGGGCCCCACGGGGCCUGCGGACAGCUUGGAUGUGUUUGGACAGACGCCUUCCCCUCGAAGGUUGGGGGAGGAGCUGCUCAGACCAGAGGCGCCCCCUCCGCCCUUACCGAGUUCAGGGACACAUCCGCCUGCACCCGGGAAUGCUGCUGCACCUGAGAGGCUGGAGGCUCUGAAAUACCAACGGAUAAAGAAGCCCAAAAAGUCAUCCAAGGGCUCCUCGAAGUCAAAGAAACGAUCCGAUGGUUCUGCCUCCCAGGCUCAGCACCUUCCAAACUCUCAGGUCCUGUGGCCCGACGAAGCUGUCUGCCUCCGGAGGAAGAAGAGACAUUCCCGGCCCGACCCCUUCGCCCGUCUGUCGGACUUGUGCCACCGCCAGCUCCCGGAAGACCAGAAGGCAAUACUCAGUAGCGUGGAGCACGAUGACCCCGGCCACGCCACUCUGCUGUGAUGUUGCCACUUAAGUGUCCCCUGAGCGAGGCUGCUGGUUGAGGGGCAAGGGUGGGC